AUCUCAUUUGAUUCUCACAGCCACUCUUUGAGGUGGAUGCUCUUACCAUUCCCAUUUUACAGAUGAGGAGGCCGUGGCUGAUAGGGUUAAAUGACUUGUCCCCAGGUCACAUAGCUAGGAAGUGUCAGAGGUGGGGCUUGAACUCAGGUAUUCUUAAUUCCCAGUUCACGUACUGCAAAUGACACAGACUGGAUUUGAGAGAGUCACUUAAACUUUUCAGUGCCCCAAGCAGUUUCGAGAUGCUAAAUUACUGAAGAGUUCUUGAUUUAUACCGUAGUCUAGAUUUAAAAAAAGAAAGUUCGGCAUAGUACCAUAUGAUUGAUUAGAAACAAUACAGUAGCGACAAGAUUGGAAACAACAAAGUGAAGUAGGCUAGUAAAAGCUGAAACUCAGAAAAGACAGCUCCCAGGGAGGGAGGCGUCUUCAAAGGUCCACACUAAGACUUGAGUUCAAAGGGGAUUCCCAGGCCUAUUCAGCUAUGAAUCAGCAAUAGACCCUGAGGCCGUUUCUAUACAGUGUUUAUUCUGCACGGUUACAUCCUAAUGAUGGCUCUGACUUACCAAAAAAGGGUUAGUUGUGUUUGGUAUCCUUUGUUUAUGAAGGUAGGGGAUGGAUGUGGUUUAGAAAGAUUUUUAUCCAAAAAUGGUUAAAAAAAAAAAAGAUAUUGCAGGCUUCAGGAAUGAAACUCCAGUUAUAUGGGACAGAUCUUGUGUGUGAGAGGAUAAGAAGCCAGUGAGGUAUUGCUGUCUCGUUCAGAUUAGCCAAUGUAUCAUGCCAGUUUCGACACAGCACUCAGGGUGUUCAUCUACGAUGGUUCCACUGCUUUGGUAGAAUCUGUAAACAUUUCGAUGACGUCUGUCUCGGCUUGUACUGGUUUCCUUGACCUGAAGCCACAGCUUACCAGCGUCCCUUUAAUUAGGAGUGACAGCUUUGUACGUGGCCAUAAACUGGUUUUGUUUCUCUGUCAUCGAGUGAUUGCUGCUUUGAUGUGUGGGAAGGAAUGAAUCCAUCUUUUGUCGCUGAGUUUCUCCGGGUGGAUGGCACACAGAUUCAGGAUCAGACAGCGAAGGAUAAAGCAUUGCAGCACAUGGCGGCCAUGUCAUCGGCCCAGAUAGUCUCAGCGACGGCCAUUCACAACAAGCUGGGACUGCCGGGAAUCCCACGCCCCACGUUUCCUGGCGCACCAGGGUUCUGGCCAGGAAUGAUACAGACAGGUCAGCCGGGAUCUUCACAAGACGUCAAGCCCUUCGUUCAGCAGGCCUAUCCCAUCCAGCCCACAGUCACUGCCCCCAUUCCAGGGUUCGAGCCUACAUCCGCACCAGCACCCUCAGUUCCUGCAUGGCAGGGCCGUUCCAUUGGGACAACCAAACUUCGACUUGUGGAGUUCUCAGCUUUUCUUGAACAGCAGCGAGACCCAGACUCGUACAACAAACAUCUCUUCGUGCACAUUGGCCAUGCCAACCAUUCUUACAGUGACCCAUUGCUCGAAUCUGUGGACAUUCGUCAGAUUUAUGACAAAUUUCCUGAGAAGAAAGGUGGCUUAAAGGAAUUGUUUGGAAAGGGUCCUCAGAAUGCCUUCUUCCUUGUAAAGUUCUGGGCGGAUUUAAACUGCAACAUUCAAGAUGAUGCAGGGGCUUUCUAUGGGGUGACCAGUCAGUAUGAGAGCUCAGAGAACAUGACCAUCACCUGUUCUACCAAAGUCUGUUCAUUCGGGAAGCAAGUAGUGGAGAAGGUAGAGACGGAAUACGCCAGGUUUGAGAAUGGCCGAUUUGUGUAUAGAAUAAACCGCUCUCCGAUGUGUGAAUAUAUGAUCAACUUCAUCCACAAGCUCAAGCACUUGCCAGAGAAGUACAUGAUGAACAGCGUCUUGGAAAACUUUACAAUUUUGUUGGUGGUGACGAACAGGGAUACACAAGAAACCCUCCUGUGCAUGGCCUGUGUAUUUGAAGUUUCAAAUAGUGAACAUGGAGCACAGCACCAUAUUUACAGGCUUGUAAAGGACUGAGCACGGUUAUUUAUAUAUACAUCUACACACACAUACACACGUCAUCAUGAAACGACAGACUGUAAACCUCAGUACUAAGUGGCCGGGCCCCUGGCCCAGGGCGGCCCCCACGGAUUUCUAAAUCUUGUCAGUCAUUUUUCAUGUGUUCAUAUAUCAUUGUAGCUGUGAAAUUCUGGUACAGUUGUAAAAAAAAAUUCUUUCUAAAAUGAUGUGUUCUUCAGAUUUGUAACCCAUACUUCUUUGGGAAAGAUGACACUUAAGAAACGGAGGUCUCUGUCUGAGGAGGCCUGUUUUUAAUUGUGGUAGAAAAUGUUAAGACAGAAGCAUUUGCCAUGGGAAAUUUACAGCAUUUAUACAAAUGUAUUUAGUUUUUUUCCAACAUAAAGUACUUGUUUUAAGAUGCAAGUAAAAUUAAAGUGAAACUUUAAGUAUAAAUGUAAAUGAGUAGACAAAGUGAAGAAACUUUAGAAUUAUCUUUGUAACUAAUUAGGGUGAAACGAAUGUAAUUCACUAAAUUAUUUUUUAAAUGAAACCUUUUUUUUUCCUUUUUGAAACCAAAUGUUACAAUGUAGCCUUAAGAAACACUUGGUAGGAAGACCCUAAUGAGGCAAAAUUGUAUUUUUUCCUCACCAUUUAAAACUAAUUCUCUAAUCCAUUAAACAUCUGAACAGGUAUUGCAAAGAAAGAAAAUGUCAUCCUUAUCCAUAACAUAUAGAGUGUAUUUAAAAAUAUAAAAUUGUAUUGUACUAAUAUGAAGAUUUGAUUAUUUAAUGAAAAAGAUGGCUUGUUUUGCAAUAAGUAGGUAAAUACUGAAAGUUUAAAGUUACGUUGUAGUCGUGUGUGCAGUUAUAUUUUAUAUGGACAACUAAAUUUUCUAUUAAUUUGAGUGGAAGAAUUUGAAACACUACAAUUAUUAGUAACAAAGUAAGAAUUAAAAAAAAUUGGCAUGAAUACUGCACUGUUAGCUGCACAGUAGAGAGAGGACUGUGGUGGGAAGAAGAUUUCAUAGACCAAAUUCCAAAAGGCUCAUCUGCUUUAGUAUGGAUGCCACCCAGAACAACCCAAGCCCACCUGGACUUUUUAACAGACCCACAUGCACCUUAAUAGCUAAGGUCCCUGCGUGGACCCAGACAAGAGGAAUUUUCUGAACAUUUCUUCAAACCCUUCUAUUCUGUGUGCUGGCUAACCCCCUUAAGGUUUGGGCACACCAUUUGUGACUAACCCUGGUGCAUGUGCCCAUGCUCGUUCUUUUGAAACAAGCUCAUUUGGGAGCUUUUUUCUUGUAGAAGACUUUAACUUCUUCCCUCUUCAAAUACCCAGAUACACUCAGCAGUUAGAGUUGGUAGGGAGAGUGAUAAUGUCCCUUGGGUUCUUUCAACUCUGCUACUAUGUAGGUCAUUAAAAGGCCCAGGUUACAGAGCAUGGUGCUCCUUCCUUCCUUCUUUGCCUAUUGAAUGCCAGUUUUGUGCCACUUACCACCCACAUAAAAACUGCUUCAUAGCUGCAGGGUGCAACCUCUUACCCAAGCCUAGCCUAGGAGUCAGAUUUAGAGCUGGAAAGGGCCUUAGUCAACAUCUUUCCCAGAUCUUUCCUUUUUCAGAUAAAGAAACUGAGACCAAGAAAGACCAAGACUGUCCUGGCAUCACACAGCCAGUAUGUAGCAGAGUCAAGAUUGGAACUCAGGUCCUUGAUUCUAAAUCUCUUUCUUUUCUUAUUAGCACACCCAACAUUUCACAAAGGUGUGCACUUUGUCCCUGGGAAGACAAGCUGGGAGAUCGCACAUUGUGCUGCACUAUGGGGGGUAGCUGUGUCUUCGGAGCUGAAGGACAAAUGCUUCUGGGCUCCAGUCCUUUUUACAAAUCCUGUACUCAACUUAGGCCAGAUCCAGAUGUUGUCCUUAUUCCUGUUUCCAGGGCUCAUUUGGCCUAUUCACAGCCGCUCACAGGUGGCCCUUUGUUUUAAGGCUGCGUGUGUCUUUUUGGAUUACAUCUUCUUGUCCUGUGGCUAAGUGGCUGUCUCCAAAAUACAUGGUGUCCCAAAAGUCUUUGUGCAACUUUAAGCUUUGGUAACUUAAAACUGAACCAAGACUUUUGGUAUCUUGCCCACCUUCUUCCCAUGGUGGUCCCAUUACCCUUUCAGGCAGUUGUGCUUGGAGGGAGGCAUAAGCAACUUGUGUGGCCAGCAAAUGGGAGGGGCAUUUCAAUCUAUUUUUCAAAGCACAAAAAAGAAAAAAAAAAUCCCACGGAGACUCAGAAAUAUGUUAUAUAGUAGUACCAGAUAGAAGGGAUUUAAAAAAAAAAAACCUAGCCAAACAAACCACUUCUUGGUGUCCCAGGCCUCUCUUGCUGGAUUCAUAGCACCCUGGUCACUGUUGUUGAUACGUGGGCAUCUUUCAUUCUCAACACUAUUGUGUGACCAACCACUCAGGUGGUUUUUGAUGUGAAUUCCACCUCUCUGUUCCUUCUGCUCCUUCAAUCUUUGUUUGGGGCUUUGCUGGCUGUUGGUGAGUGGGUUUGGGGUUGUUUUUUGCUAAAAACGCUGAUAUUUAUCAUCUCUUUUUAAAUUUUGGGUGGUUUUUUUUUUUAAUCCUUCAUUUUUCCAAAGCUGAAGCUUUCUCUCAUCCAGCACUUCUCAACAGUAGGGCAGAAGACCUCACUAGCUGUGUGACUCUGGGCAAGUCACUUAACCCCAGUUGCCUCAUUAAACACACACACACACUCUAGGGCAGGGACCUUUUGGUUGUGCUGUGGCCUCCUUUAGCAGAAGCUUCUGUGUUUCUUCCAUCUCUUCCUAGCAACCUGUCCUCCCCUAAAUCCUCCUGCAGGGAGCUACAGAAUUUUAUCCAAGGCCUUUCUGCUGGCUCCCCUUUGUCAUUUCUUCCUCUAACUAAAAACCUCUGGGAAUGAGACCCAUGUGAUAAACCAGUCUUCUGAAACACUGGUCCCCUCUACCUUCUUUCUAGGCCUUCUGUCAUGCCAGUUUUCACCAGGGAGUGUGGGGUCCCUCCGUCUAUUUCCUGAAAUGAGUGUGUAUUGACAAAAGAACACUAAAUUGGGCGGUGAGGAAAGCUGAGGCGCUCAGACACAACUCCGUUCCCAUUUGUUUUCCUGAAAGACCCAGCAUAGAAUCAGGGACUGCUUUGGAGACUGUCUUAAACAGAAGGUUAGCACUAAUAAGGCCCUUUGGAGGUCAUGUAGUCCAGCGUUUCCCAUCCCAUACUAGACUGAUCUCAUGAGAGUGGUGAUGGGGACCUGGGAAGAAAGAAACAGAAGUUGUGAGCCCCAGAAUGUAGAAAGUGGGACAGUCAGCAGGUUUGUUUAUGUUUAUAGGUUUUACGAAGUAAAGGCCUUUAGUAAUAAAAUGAAUUCUUGCUGGUAAUUUGGAAACAAUGAUUUGGCCUAACCCACCAUUUUACAAAAGGAAGAAACUUAGGGCCAAAGACAUUUGACAAACUUACCUGUCAAAGCUGGGACUGUGGUUUUCAGAUCCCCUUCUGUCCCAGCACCUUUACCAUGACAUGUGUCCAACCUGUGAAAGAGCUUUCCGAGUGCCUGCUGGUCUGAUCAGCCACAGUCAGACACACUAUAUACCUUGACCCCAACAUAGUGAUGUUAUUUUGGUCCUCUUCAAGCGCAUAGGACGACAACCAGCCCCUAUUCCACGUUGCCAAAUCCUGGCUUCAGGACUACCUCACUCAGCAGAGGUGGAGAAGAAAUAGAGGAUUGUAAACCUACAGUUAUUCAAACCUCAGAAGCCAUCUCAUCCAAUAAUUCCCCCUCACCCCAUUUUAUAGAUGAGGAAACAGAGGCCCACGAAAAUUAAGUGAUUUGCCAAAGGCCAUGGAAAAAUCACCAGGUAAAAGACAUCCAGUGAGUAACUUAUGCUUGUCUUUUCCCAGAACGUCUUUUCUCAUCACUUUCUUGCUGCAGUUAAGUCCUGUCUGCUUCCUGGUAGAGGUGGUGAAUGCUUGGUUCCCCGUCGUCCACCCUCAUUUAUUGAAAGAGAGUCCUUUUUCUUCAUCAUCCCUUUCCAUCAUUCCUCAGAGCUUUCAUUCCUAGUAUCUUUGCCAUCUUGGUGAAUUUCCUUUGGAGCCUUGCCAGAGUUUCCCUUCCCAGGCCAUCCCAUUAGGACUUCUAUAGACACUCCAGGGGAAAUACUUUUUUAUUGGACCCUGGAAGAUUUAGAAAGUAGAGAGAUCACCCAGACUUUGAGAGGGGAUAAAUGGCAUGAGGAGGGUGUCAUUCGAGAUCGGAGAGGCUGUAGAAGGGGCAAGAUUGCUGUUUUAUAGACGUGACAUCAAUCUUUCUAAGACACAACUCCAUCUGAGUAUCAUUUGCUGACUGAGGACCCUGUCUUAUAGUCACAUCAUGGCUAUGCACGUAGUAAAGCUGAUGAGCCCUUUACUUAGUAUUGUAUAUGGUUCACCUUCCACCAUAGGCUCCUGUAGACGAGUUUCUGAUGCUGAGCAUCCCAUCAGCAAGAGCACGGCAUCCUGACAGCCCAAAGGUCACCCUCGAUUCUCAAACUACUUUUUUUUUUAAAGCCAAAUCUUCCCUAGGACUCCCAACACCAUAGUGGCUUUAGCAGUUUGUUUUUUUUAUAGGACAGUCAACAAUUUGAAUUGUAUAACGAUAGAACAAUCCAUUUUACAAACCAGGUACAGUGUUCUAUGCUCCGGUACUGCGUCUGUCCUGAUGUCAGGUUUCUCCAAGCCUGUGUAUCAGUGUUGUUCACGUGUCAUUUUAGGAGGAAGUGUUUGCAUGGCUUUUUCUUCACCUUUUUUCUGUAUGUGGCUAAGCCCUGCACACGUUCAUUCUGAAAAGCCUUAAAUCCUUGGGAUGUUCAACGUGGGGUGUGUGGUACAAAAAGGCUGCCUGGAACCUGUGAGCCCUUUUGUAAGCUGGAAGCAUUUCUCUUAUAACUGUUACUUUUCUAGGAACUUUUUAAUUCACAGCUGCCAAAGCAUUCCAGUAAGCAGUGCCUUAGUGUUCUCUUAGACGUACGUGCCACCAGCCUUUUCUUACAGCCGUCCUUGACCUUAUUUUACAAAUUGGCUCCGUUCAAAAAACAAACAAACAAAAAAAUGAGCACCUGUUUUCUUUGGUUCCACCGGAAACUUUUUUUUUGACUACUUGGUCUAAAACAUGAAAUUAUAUACAAGUCAAUCCCAUCAUUAUGCUCUUAAAUGUAUAUACCAAAAUGAAAGGUUACAACUUCAUAGUUUUCCGUGGAAAGUACUUAUGAUGCUGCCUUUUAAAUUUCACGACCAAAUACUUAACUAUUUUUGAAUUUUCACUCUAGCAUGAAAGUGCCUUUGGUUUGCCGUUCCAGCUUAGAAAAGUGCUGCCAUAAUGAUGAUAAUUUGUAGAGAGACCAAAAAUAUUUAGAGAUCACCAUAAUGCCUUUGGUUUAUUGGAAUGAGGGGGAAAAAAACAAAACAAAACACAAAACUCUAGGCCUCCAUUUACAAGAGAGCACUGUGUAUGGUAACCUGCUGGCCACCAGUCAUCAGAUAGUCCAGUCCGGAACCUUCUACUCUCCACCAUCAUUUUACCGCCGUGAAGACCAGUAACUGGGAUGUUAACGUAUCCAGAUGACCCAUCCUCCCUUUUUCAGCUCCUUGCCCAGUCUUUUGUGUCUGUGGAACACGAACCACAGAAACCAUUUGUCCGUGGACAAAUGUUACAACUUGGGGUUCAUUCAGUCUCCUUUCUGUUGAGCAUUUCAGUUCCUAUGAAGGCUUUCCUUUUUUCUACUAGUUCUAAUGUGCACUUAUUUUGUUUACAAAGUUAGACUCUUUGGAAAUUUGGAAGCACCAGACUGAGAUAAAAGUACACAACCAAAGUGAAGUAGGGUGAGUCAAAUCCAAACCAGCUUUUUUUUUAAGCCUGGAAAUGUUGACUCUUGAGUGGGAUGUCUGAACGUGCUUUGAAAAACCUCCCAAAGAGCACCAUUCACAGCUCAGCAUUUUCAAGAAAUGUUUCAGCCCCAAGGAAGGCGACUCCUCAAAGUCAUUGUCUGCUUUUGGCACCUUUUGAGAUCCAGGCCAUACAUUAUAUCAAAAAUGAACGUGAGGGGUUGGGCCAGGGGACCAGGGCAAAACACCAGCCCAACCAAAACCUGGAAGAGAGGUGUUUUUAUUACAAACAGUUUUAUAGUCACUUAAUGAACUUUUGACAUACAUUGUCCGCUCCUGCAUGGUGUCUAUCAUGAGAAUACUCUUUCCAAAUUUGAAAUUUUAUUUUAGAUCACUUGAUUUCUGUACCUCUCUCUCCAUACUCACCCUCUAAUUCUUGUACUAUGAAGAUUUACAUAUGAAAAGAAACCUAUCUGGAAUGCCACUAACGUUUGGCCAUUUCUGUUCAAACAUUACACAAGCUAGCUAGCUACUUGAAUUUCCAAACCAUAGAUCUUGUACUGCACCCUGCCUUGGAAGAAAUUGAAGCUCUAACAAUAUUUGUUUCCCCAUUCUUCCCCCUUUUUUAGCUCAGUUUCAUUUGGCAAUAGCUUUCCAGCCUGAUUAAAUCCAUCACCUAUAUCUUUCAAAGUGAAGCUUGUAUGAUUAAUAUUUAAUGCCAGUAGACAGCUAGCAGAAGUCAACCCACCAUGAGGAUAGUUGAAAUAUUUAUAUUUCUUUUCUUGUCCUAACUCUUUGGAUAUAAUUGGCUUUCUUACUCCCUGUGAAGUUUUAUUUUGGAGUCCGAGUACUCUGAAAUGUUUGAUCUGAUUUUUUUUAAAUGAUAUUUAAUCUCUCUAUCAUUAAUCAUCGGUCGUUAUAGAUUCCAGUUUCAGACCUCUCUCAGGUUGCCCCUUUUUUUGUCUGCCUUCGAUUGUCAGAUUGUGCAUUCUUCUUCUUCUUCUUCAUCUUCUCUUUCUUCUGAAAAAGAAGCUGUUAGUGUUCAUGUACAAGCCAAUUGGAAACCAGUCUCUGACUUCUCCAGUUUCAUAUUCGUAAUCUUCAUUGUGUCAAUUAGCUGUUGAAACCUUGGUUGACAAAGGAUGUUUUUCCCUGUUACCUCCUUAAAAGACACGUUUUUUUUUAUGAGCCUUUUUAUUUCAGGCUCAUGACCGCAGAAAAAAUAAAUAAAUAAAAUAAAUACAGUACGUGCCUGAAAAAUGACAGAAGAAUUUUAUAACAGUAAAAAAACAAAAAAACAAAAAAAAACCUGAAUAGCCUUUAAUUCUUUACUAUCCAUACAUUUUACGUAAACCCGUUUUUGCCAUGUGCAUCUGUUCACGUUGUAAAUGACUUAAUGGAACUCUCACUUUAUGUUUAUUCGUGUAAUGUGUAUAAAAAUGGGUUUGUGACUUAAGCAUAUUCAUAUAUGGUCAGUGGUUACUUUAUGAUUGUACUGCUGCUGGUGACUUGAUGUGGAAACUGCCUUUUGAUAAAGCGUUUCCUUUUUGUUAGAUUGGGUGGGGGGGGACCCUAUUGGGGGAGGAGGGAGGGUAGAGAAAGUCUCACGUAUUUCUUUAACCUAAUUGCAGAAAGUUCCAAAAGAAGUUCACUUCAAUCUCUUGGCAGUACAGUAUUCUGGUAUUUGUUAUUUGUCUGUGUGUAGGUACUGGUACCUUUUUUGUUUCAAAAUGUUUUAAGUGUUGGCUUUAAAGUGAAUUUAUCUUUAGUAUGAUAGUAAUAUGAAAAUUAUAGGGUUUGUGUGCAGAGAAUUUUUUUAUAAAGUGCUUUGUAAAAAAAAAAUGUAUUCUAGCUUUCGCGGUACAUGUGUGAUAACUUUAAUACCCAUGCCAGUUAAGUGCAAUUAUUUCAUCACUCUAAAAAUGCUAUUUUUGUGUCAGUUACUGCAGGUGUUUUCAUGUCUUUGCAAAGUGACACAUUUUGAUGCCUUCUUGAGGAAGUGGUAGACUUUUUGUAGCUUUCUAGAAACUUUGUAUUCAUACCGUAUCGAUUGAAAAUAAAGAAAAUCAAAGUGUGGGUCAACUUUU